AUGCGAUCGUUUAUAAAAUCACAUCGAAGGAAUGGUUCUUCUGCAACUUCACAAUCAGAUCGAUCACUGUUCGAAAUUACCUUUGCCGCACCUCCACCAGUACAAUCACCGCCUCAGGCACCACAACCACCACAACUGGUACCACCAUCACUACCGCAAGUCUCGAGAUCCACUCCCAUAAACUCACCAAGAAUACCCUACACGACAGGAGAACAAUUCACACCACCAUCCAUGCCCUCACCAGCACCUUCCUCCUCAUUAAGUUCUCCCAAGAAACUAUUAUCACCCAUCAAGAAUCUCUUCAGUUCUGGCAAACAACCAACUACACCAAGUUCAAAUGAUCCACUUCAGAAAAUAGCAAUACCCCCUAAAAGGAACAGUAAACUCAAAAUAAUAAAACUGAAAACCACAACCCUACCUCCACUCCCAACCACCACUAAUACCAAAUUCAAAAAAGUCCCUUCUUCACCCGCUCUUUCCACCACACAACCUCGACCACAAUUCCAAUCCACAAUGUCACAGACCCAUGUCCCAAGAGUUCAUGUCUGGCCAAAUCCAGAUCCGACGGUAGUUCCUCCAAAACGAGUCACAUCAAUCCAACAACUCGGGGCACCUAUUUCUCUCUCCUCCAGCACAAAUACUACUCCAAAUAAUAAUUCGAAUGAGUCGUAUAUUAGUCAUAUUAGUGAGAAUAAUAGUCUAAGGUCCGAGGCAAAUUUUCAAACCAAACAAGUCUCAUUUGACAAUCUAUCCCCAGCAUCUACCAAUCAGAAAGAACAACAGAUAGUGUCUGAUGGGGAGUCGGAAUAUGAUGAAGAAAGUGAUUCGGAUCAGUUUUCGUUCGUGAAUGAUAUGAAAGGCGGUAGAAAUACUCUGGUUAAAUAUUACAAGAAUAGCGAUGGGAGUGAUAGACGGAAGAGGAAGAAUGAGGUGGGGUUGGGGAUACAAGGGGGGAAGAAUGAGUUUAGUGAACGGGAUUUGGGAUAUGAGGUUGAUGAGUAUCUGGAUUAUGAUUUUGAGAAUAAUGGAUUAGAUGAUGAGGAUGGGGUAGAGUUUGGAGAUGAUGAUGAUGAGGUGAGAUAUAAUAAAUUAUUUGAUGAUGAUGAUGAUCAAGAUGUGGUGGGAAAUGGUUUAAAUAUACGAAUUGAAAGAAGCAAUGAUGAUCUUGAGCAAGAUCUCGGAGAUGGAAAUGAUAAUGACGAGGAGGGAUUAUACAACAACGAUUAUGAUGAAUCUUCAUACAAUGACAUCUUCAGCGAAUCAACCAACAUCUAUAGCAUCGACCAACCAGCCCCAGAAAUAUCUCCCUACAACCCCACCCCAAGCACCACCCCGCACCACGAAGUAUUCAACCUAGCAUAUCAUCAAUCCAUCCAAGGCAACCGCACAAACCCAACCUCCCUGCCACCAACUCCAUCAUCACCAGUCAGACCACCUAGCACGACCGGAGACAUACUUGAGAAAUAUCUCGACCUAACUGACACACAUACACCCAAAACACCCACAUUUAGUAGCCAAUCCACCCAUGCCCUGCCACUUAUGGAACUAUACGACCUCCAUAGUCCCCUCAUUAACGGCUUGACGAUCGGAACUAAUCUCCUACAUCGGGGAAGGAAGACUGAGGAACGGAGUAGGGUGUUCAUACAUCGACACCCAUUGGAUUUGAAUAGUGCUAUAUAUGAUAAAACUAUGGAUGCGAAGUUGGGAGGAGAGUAUGGGAUGAGGAAUAGAAGGUGUUUUCAUGGGAGUUUUGAAGAGAUUGAUUUGAUUGUCGAGGGGAAAGUAAAGGAGUUUGAUCUAUUUUCGGAUAUGUUAUUGUCGAAGGGGAAAAAAGAUGCUGUUGAGCAUGAUAGAGAGGUGGAGGAGACUGUGUUUGGGCUCGGGAUUGAGAAUAAUGGUGAAAUUUAUAGUGCUGAUGACGCUUCGGAAAUGAUUGAAGGAGGGUCGUUUGAGAAUGGGUCAACAGGUAGUGUGGCUAGGUUGGCAGGUGAAUCGAAAGAAGAACAAUCUGUUAUGGAAAAGGAUGUGAAGAGUGUGGGAGAGGUGUCUAAGCAAAUUCCAACUAGAUAUGAAGGUGGUACUGAAUCCGAGAAUAUUAAACGAAAGUCAGUCCAGGAUUUAAUGACAACAUUGGGUAAAUUUAAUUUACUGAAUGUAGAUGGUGCUCCUAUACAAACAGACACAAGGAGAGAAUCAGUGGUGGAUAUGAUGGAAACCUUAUCUAGUCUUACUUUGCAAACUGAAAAUAAAGGUACUAUUGAUCCAAAACAUGCCGAAAUUGCUAAAGAACAGAGAAAAUCUAUUGCAGAUAUGAUGGCAACAUUAUCUAAUCUCGCAUUACCAAAUGAAGAAGCUGCUGAGCCUGCAGCUGCUAAACAACAGAGGCAAUCGGUGGCGAAUAUGAUGGCAACAUUAUCGAACAUUGAAGAAAAUAAUAAAUCAUCAGCUAAUAAGAAAUCAAAUAGAAAAUCGAUAAAUGACAUGAUGUCAACAUUAGCCAAUCUCGAACAGCAUACAGUCGUCAUCCCGAAAUCUAGAUCAAAACGAAAGUCCGUAAACGAGAUGAUGGCAACUUUGGACCAAAUCCAAAUUCCCCAAUUCACCCAACCAGUACCCACCACCACAACACUCGGUCCGGCUCCACCAACAGAAACAAUCUCCGAUGAACCAGCUGACAAUACACCAAUCCUAAAAGAAACAGGUUUCUUCGAUAACGAAAAAUCGCUCAUCCUAGACCCGGACCUCCUUGACGAAAUUAACCAACUCCCCCUCGACUACGACUUCGACGCCAACCAACAACAGCAAUCCACUCACUCCCACACACCUACACCAGACUUCCACCGUUCCAACUCCUACCACAAUCGUCCGAAAAAGAUCGCACCGCAAGGUCCAGGGGCAGCACCACAAACAAAUAGAAUCGAGAUGUUGGGCGGCAAGACCGUGACGUUCUAUCCGAAAUCAAAUAGUGUGAGUCGUGAUACGUCCUUGAGUAGUAGUUGUAGUUCUGGGGGAAAUGAGGAGAUCUUUACAGAAAAACCCGAUGAAGAAGAGGAGGAUGAGCAGUCGUCGAAUGAGAAUGACUAUAGUAUGCUGGGACAUAGGUUACGUCGAGAAGAGAUCGAGAAGAACAAGAGAUUGUUUGGGAUUAAUAGGUAUGGGAGAGGGGCUACCCCUAGUCCGGUGAAUUCGCUUAGAGGUGGACGGGAUUUGGGAACGAUUAAUGAAAGAUGA